AUGUCAAAGUCCCUUUCAGAUCAUAUCGGUAGAGGAGAUGUAGUUGCUGGGUCGAGAAGGUCGAUGAGACUUCGCACCGACGAUGAAGCAAUCAGAUACUUUUGGGCCAUACUUCUGGGAACCGCCGGUUUGCUUGAUAUUGUGGCAACAAUGCUGCCCCAAAUGAUACAAGCUCCAGACGUAUGCAUUGAUGAUCCUUUUUCUCAAAGAUGCAUCCUGCCAAAAUUCGAUAGUAGACAUUUUUCGCCAAGAUUCUUGGAUUUAGUGGAUUUCCUUGAGGAACACUACGUUACCAUUAGCCUCAUGUUUUCGGUUGUCUGGUUCAUGGAUGGUUUCAUCAGGGCAGGAGAAGCGAGCCGACUCGUAACUUCCAAGAAGAGAAGAAAUCGAAUAUUUUAUGCUGAUACAGGGAAGAGAAUAAGCCGCAACUGGAUGGAAAGCAUCUUUGUCUUUUAUUACCAUAUUGCAUUCCAACUUCUGGUGCUACCAGUUGGAUUUUACUUUAUGUUUUUCCGAUGCGUUGGACCAGCAGCUAAGGGGAAAGAUGAUAUUCUCCUGAACGAUGCUAUGUGUAUCAGGGAUGGCGACUAUAUCCACUUUGAUUCGUUCUCGUUUCACAGUAGACAGGCAUUCCUUGUUGUGAUAUUCGAGUACAUUGCAGUCUCAACCUUUGGAAUCACCAGUCGAGAAGUGAAGUCAAAGAUAAAGGAGUUCAGGAAGGCUCAAAUUCGACGCCUUAUUCGUAGAGCCAUACGAAACCCCCGAAAGUUUCGUCGUCAAGCCCGGGAUAUUCUUACGAAAAUAAGAUACAUCAAGUAUGUUGCUCCACUGAUUGCCCCCCUGAACAAGCUCCGUGUCAAUAUCCAAGAGACAUCGAGUAAAUGGCGUCAAAGGCAACAAGCAAAGAGAGCUAAACGGCUUCGAAGUCUCAUUUGGGGGGGGAAAUCGCGAAAGCUUCAAGACGCAGAAGCAGCAAUUGUUAUUCAAAGUGCAUUUCGGGUGUAUAAGGCAAAAAGGGCUGCCCUCGCCUUAGAGAUGUGGCAGAAGCACCAAGAACGUGACGCUAUUUCACGAAUACAAAAGCACCUUCGGAAGUGGCUCAAGAAAAGUCGCAAGGUACGAUUGGACUUGAAGAAGGAAGAGAUUCGUCGUUUGCAAAACAAGGGCAAGAGACUAUCUGCAGUAGAAUCAUUGAAAUUGUAUGAAAUGCAGGAUCAACUAAUACACGAGACAAGGGAUCUGAUCGACAAGAGGAUGCUUAUCCGACCAAAUCGAGGCUUUGUUGUGUAUUGGAAAUUCCUGUUCGUGUUUUGCAUCAUAUUUGAAGUCGGUCAGAAGGCAACCAAAUCUUGGUUCCAAAUUCAUGUCAAAGGGGGGCACCAGAAUAUCACGGAGUAUAUUGAACACAAGUUUGUUCCUAAACGUAUCUCUGACCUCCCCGUAUGCAUACAACUGGACGACGAAGGACCGGUCGCUGGCAAAAAUGAAUCGGCACCAUCUGAUGGUGUUGCUGGAGCAAACAGGCCGUGGUAUUGUACCCGUCCCGUUGCAGAUAGACAAGAGUUCUUUCGUGAUCUGGUUGCCCUCGCUAUUGUCCCAGCUCCAGUGUUAGAAUGGAAAGUUUGUAAGCCACCAAAAAAGAGCCGUUUGAGGAAGAGGAAACCCUGGCGUAAGCCGUGGUAUUGCAAGGAGCCAUACUCAGGGGUCCAUCUACAAUACCGAAUGAUUAUGGACUUCUUGUGGGAGCGAUUUCUAGUAAUUGUCGGUCUAAUCUGCUUCUUGGACGUCUUUAUCACCUUUUUCAUAGGUGAAUUCGAUCCAGAUAAUGGAACACUUGUACCCAAGCCCUUCUUCAAGAGAUGGAUCAUUCCGGGUAUUGCGCUCCAAUUAUUGGUGAAUCCCCAAAUGGAAGAUGUAUCGAUUUGGGCAUUGGAAACAUUCGACAGAAUUAUGGAGAAUGGCCCUGUAAGGGUAUACCGUUGGUCUGUGACAGUGGUGUUUCCCUUCAUCUACGGACUGUCCAAGGUGAUCUUGAACCACUUGUGGCCUCGAUUCGUUGCAUUUGCCAAUGCAAGCACGGUCAAUGGUGCGCAACUGAUGGAUCCAACCGACUGGAUACUAGAUUGA